AUGAUUGAUAAAUCUUCGAAUACAAUUAUAAAAUAUUAUGAUCUAACAAAUAUUCAAAUUGUUCCAGGGCCAAAUAUAUAUUUUAGUCAAGGAACUUAUGAAUUAUUUACAACACCGACUCUUGAAUUCCUGGUUAAUUAUAUUUACGAUUUCCCUACAGCCAAAGUUCAAUAUCGCGAAAAUGUUUAUAAUUCUGAGUUUCAAGAUGUUAUUUCUUUAUCUCCAUUAAAUGCAAAUGAAAGAAAGUUUACUGCUAAGGUCAAUCUGAAUAAUAUAGGUUUGAUAAUAAAGAUAACUGAUAAGUUCGAUAGAUCUUCAUUUUUCACAAUUCUUCCUCGGGAUAUGAAAAUGCCAAAUGAUUACAAAUGCAAGAUGCAAGAUUAUAAAUCCUAUCAUUUUAUGGGGGAGACAGCAAAUAUAAUUUGUAGGUCGUAUUUUGAUUAUUCUUCAUUUGCAGAAAAAGAAUUUUAUUUUGUUGAUUUUUCAGAUGAAAACAAAUUAAAAUUGUUGGGAACUUCAUCAGAAAAAGAAGCAAUAUUCCCAUUGACUUUUCUAAUACUGCAAGAUGCAAAAGAUAUAAGAAGUUUUUAUAUUCAUCAAAAAUUUAUUAACAUAACCGGCUAUAGUCAUGAUGCCUAUGUAGGUAACACAAUAUAUAAAUUAUUAGAGUUUGAUUUUAAGUAUUUGGAAAUUACAGAAACAAAAAUAAAGAUCAAUGUCCAACCACAUGAGAGAAUUGAAGGUAAUUACGAGACUUUUUAUUCAAUAGGACCAGAUGCCAAUACAGAAGGAACAGAAUUCAUUUCUCUUGGAUCAAAAAGCUCAUAUACUUAUAGUGACUUCGAAAUAAACCAUCAGCUAGCAAAAGGAAAAUACUUGUUUACACUCAUGAUCAAAUAUGAUAAUAAUCAAAGGAUAGCUAAAAAGUCAAAGGUGCUCGAUUAUGAAAGAACUUUACUACCGGCAGAAUAUGGUAGACAAAAGUUUAAGAACUCUGCAUAUUUUAUCCAAAAAGAUUCUGCUGUCAUUCUCAACCCUGUAACGAAUGAUUCAACACUUCAAGCAUAUGCUGAGGUAGGUGAUAAGAGGUAUACUUUAUUAAAGGAUAAAGUAAUAGGUAUGGAAUUCAUAGAAGAAGGAAAGUUAGUAAUUAUUUCAAAAGAAGAAGUAAUUGGAUAUGUCUUUGGAUUUUUCAGGGUGAAAGCAGAUGAUAAAAUAUUCAUGUUUGGAAAUGGUAGCAUAACUGCUGGAACAGCAGAAGAUUGCAUGUAUAAAUUAGAGCCUCCAAAAUCUGUUGCGGUUUUAAUGUAUUCAUUUGAUGGACAAUGUUUGCGAUCAAUUGAUAAUGGUGGAUAUGCACCUGAUUAUGAUACAUAUGAUGAGGAAGGUUUUUGGAGUUCCCCGGGCUAUACUUAUCAAGUUAACUUUAUCAAACGAGACAAUCCAUAUAAAUAUACAUUUAAAAAUUAUAGAUCCGAUGAUCCAGGGUUCAUAAUAAUCAAUUCCAAAAUAGGAACACAUAAAUUGGCUACUGUACCUGAUGAUACAACUAGUAAUCCAGGAAAAGAUCCUGAUUCUAAUCCAGGAAAAGAUCCUGGUGCCAAUCCUGGAACAGAUACAAAUACAAGUUCAACAGCACCAAUGAAAGAAGAUACAAAAGAUGGAGAAGAUUCCAAACAAGGUAAUGGCAAUACUGGAAAAAUAGCCGGUGGUGUAGUUGGAGCUCUUGUUGUUAUCGCUGUAAUUGCAGUUAUCGCUUUUCUUAUUAUAAGGAAGAAGAAGAAUCAGGCUGACAUGGAUUCACACGAUGACAGCAUAAAAGAAGACAAAUCAAUGGAUGAAUCUCCAGUAGUGUGA